AUGGGCUUGUUGGUUUUCGUCUUGCUUGUCUUCGUGUUGUGGUCCGAGGAGGCCUCCACCAUGCCUGUGCCUGUGCCGGAUGGCACAAAUGAUGAACUUCUCGGGGCAAAGAGAGUUCUUUCUGACCUCAUUGGGCAGCUGUUAUUCGGCAUGAUCUUCCUGGUAGCGUUCGCUGUGUUGUGUUACCGCUGCGCCGUUACAAAGACAACUUGGAAGUUUUGGUUGUGGGAUUGGGGAUGUCUUCGCCGUCUUCGUCGUCUUCGCCGUGCCACCGCCGCCGACAACAACAAUGAGCCAGUCCGGUUGGACAACCUCCAACCGGGAGAUAGCCGGAAUGGUAUCUCACCGGAGCAUGCUCCUUUGGAGCAGUAG